AUGGCUACUACAAGCGCCGAUAACAAUGCAAACUCUGUGAGUAUUCAACACCACCCCCAAAGUACUUCCUCCACUUCAUCGCAACUGAAUCAUCAAAAAUCUCAAGUCACACCUACCGAUAAACAAUUCAACGUCACCAAUACUGCUAUUGCUACAAGUAAUGCAAUUCAAGAUGAAAAUUCUCAUCAUAACUUUGAUUGGGAUGCACAAACUGAGGAAUGGAAUAUUAAUCAAUAUGGAUCAAACUUGGAUGAACGUUCCUCACCGGAUCGACCUGCUGAAAGACCUACUCGAUUCUCUUCAUCGCCUUACUCAUCUGGUUUAGAAUCGCCGUCUUCUCCAAUGGAAAAUACCAGAAGGCGUACAAUUGAAAAACAAAACAAGAUGAAAUCAUCGAGAAAGCAUGAAAAAACGAAAAUUAUUAACAAAAUUAAAUCAUUUUAUGAAAUAGGAGAAUGGGACGAGGAGGAUCAAGACUAUGAUGAUUUUUCAGAAGAGGAACAACCAUCAAACAAUAUCCAAGAUCGAUCUCGAAUGAUGAUUAAUGAAGUUGAUGAACUAAUUGAACGACUGCUGGAAAUUAAAAGGAAUUUGGAGAAAAAUUGUAAAUAA